AUGAAUAGAAAUGAAAAGCAAAUCGAACAUUACCGUUACAAUUAUAAAAAAGGAAAAAUUGGGAAAGGGUCCUAUGCAACUGUCUUUAAAGGAGUGGAUACCAAAUCAAAAUAAAAUGUUGCGAUUAAACAAAUUCAUAAGGCAGAUCUUUAAAAUGCAGGUUCUAUUGUAUUUAUAUUAGUUUAGAUGAUGAAGAGCACUUGCUGAAUGAGAUUAACAUCCUUAAGAGAAUAAAGAAUCCAAACAUAAUUGAAAUACUUGAUGUUCUAUAAACAAAAGAUCAUUAUUAUAUUAUAUUAGAAUAUUGUAAUCUAGGAGAUUUAGAUUCUUUACUUUAAUAGAAGAAUAUCAUCAAAUUGGAAGAUCAUGUAACCUUCUUGUAAGACAUUCUAAAUGCAUUUACGACACUAAUUAGAUAAGGAAUAGCACAUAGGGAUCUUAAACCAGCAAAUAUAUUAGUUAAUUAAGAAGGAAAAAGAAAGAUCUUUAAGUUAGCGGAUUUUGGAUAUGCAAAGACUAUAUUUAACUAUAAUGCAUAAAUUUUAAAGAGUAAUUUGGGAACUCCAGCAUAUAUGAGCCCAUAAUUACUAAAAGAAGAACAAUACACAACUAAAAGUGAUAUUUGGAGUUUUGGGAUAAUUUUAUAUUAAAUUAUAUUCAACACUCGUAUUAUUUUAAGCUAAUAUAGUUCCUUGGGUAGGAAAAUCAGAAAAUGAUUUAAUUUAAAUUAUUUCAAGUGUUCCGAUACAAUUUCCUUAAAAUCCAAAAGUUUCAUCCAUUUGUUAAGAUUUUAUUAUAAAUUGUUUAUAAGUGAAUGAAGAUAAAAGAUUAAAUUGGGAUGAUUUAUUUAGACAUCCAUAUGUAUGCAAUUAUUUUGGAAAAGUUGACAUAUAAUAAAAUAGCGGUUUGAAAAAGAUGUUUAUACUAUCUUAGAGCCUAAGAUAGAAGUUAGGGUAAGAAGAAUAAAUGGAUUAGUUAUUUAUUAAUUUAAAUAUUUAAGAUAGAUAAUGUUAAUUAAAUUCUGAAGAUUUUAGAAAUUUUAUUAAGUAAAUAAAUAAAAAUGAGAGUUUAAGCGAAGACGAUAUUUAAUGUUUAUUUUAGGAAUUUUAAAUUGAUGGGAAAGUAAAUUAUAAGGAAUUUAAAAAUUGUGUAUUUUAUAACCAUCCAAAAAGAGUAAAAAUUGUUCGACAUUUAUCUAAUUCAAAUAUUAAAAUACUUUCAAAAUUAGCAAUAGCUUUGAAAUAAUAUAAUAUAAAAGAGUUGUUUGAAUAAUUUGCAACUACAAAAAAAGACACAUUAGAAAGACAUCAAUUUUCAAAAAUGAUUAAAAUUUUUGCAAAUACAAGUUCUUUGACUAAUCAAAAUGUAAGAAUUGGCUAUUAGUAAUUUUAGAUAAAAGAGAUAAUUGAUUUUUUCGAUGAUAAUGGAGAUGGAAUGAUUUAAUUUUCUGAAUUUAAUAAUGUUUUGAGAUAUGUAUAAUAAAUCGAUAGGACACCACAUAGUGAUAAUAGAUUGGAUACAAUAACUGAAUUGGAUGAAAUAUCAUUUAUUUAAGAGAACCACAGCAAUUAUAGCAAUAUCAAUUAAAAUUAAAAGUUUGAUAAAAGAUCAGAUUAAAAAAUCAGUAUAUGCGAAUGUAUUACUUUUUGA